ACUGCCAACUCUCCAGUCACAUUCAAAGAUUAUUUAUGUCGUCUUUUCUCCUAUUAAAUAGCCGACAUUUUUUUGUCAAACGACCACAAUUUCAAUUCAAAAAUAAGUGACCAAUUGUCGCGUUCUACAUUUUUUCGAAAAGUCGUCGGUUUUCCUGUUUUAACUUAGUUUAACUACCAGCAGUUCCUUGAACAUGGCACUCAACCCACAAUACGAAGACAUUGGAAAAGGAUUUGUAGCUCAAUAUUAUGCCAUCUUUGAUGAUCCGUUGCAAAGACCGAAUUUGGUUAAUUUAUAUAAUAAUGAACAAUCUUUCAUGACAUUUGAAGGUCAACAAUUACAAGGAGCUGCAAAGAUUAUGGAAAAAUUGCAGAGUUUAACGUUUCAAAAGAUCAAGAGAGUUCUAACAGCUGUUGACUCGCAACCGAUGUUUGAUGGUGGUGUAUUAAUCAAUGUUUUAGGAAGAUUACAAUGUGACGAAGAUCCACCACACGCCUUUUCUCAAGUAUUUUCGUUGAAACCACUUGGCAACUCAUUCUUUUGUCAACACGACAUUUUCCGAUUGAACAUACACGACAGCGCUUAAAGCCCUUAAACGAUGGGAUGCCCAUUUUUUUCCAAUAUUGCACACAGCCACAUCUAACACCAUGGAAUUUGUUAACUACGAAAACUAUUGAUUGAUAAUUUUUGCUGAUAAUUUUUUUUUAUACGAAAAUUUUGUUUUUCUUUUCUUAAGAUAUUUUCAUCUCACCAUUUUACCAUUUGUAAUGGAAAAAUAUUAAGUAAGAUUCUGAACUGUUGACCGAGAUUGGAUUUUGUAAUAUUUUCUUUUCCCUUCUAUGAAAACAUAUUGCUGAAUAUUGUAAUUGAUUAAAUGUAUAAUUCUUCCUCGUGGAUUUUUUUUAUUCCAACCGAUUAUAUUGUUGUUAACACAAAGAUGAAAAUAAAAAUUAAUUUGCCGAUUACAUAGAAACACCAGAAAACCAUCUUAAACUUUAAACAAAUGCUAUUUAUAUGUUGAAAUCGAUUACAGUUUUGAGAUGAAAUCAGUAUACUGCUUCCAAUAAAUUUGGCAUAAGAAAAUGCUGUUAAACAAAACAAAAAAUAUUUUUGGAUAAUAAAGAAGAAACUAUGCCGAUUAUAGAGA